UUGCCCAAUGAGGAGCGAGCUUCGCGAGAGCUGUCGGGAAGGGCGGCUGCCUAUAUAAAAGGCUUACGGGGCGUUCGUUCGCGCUUUGCUAGCAGUGCGCGUAGUGGCGGAAGGUGAGCUUGGAGGGCCGUUUUACCCAGCUUGAGCCUGACUCAGGGACGAUGGCGGAAGGCGACAAUCGAAGCACCAACCUACUGGCUGUGGAGACUGCAAGUCUGGAAGAGCAUCUGCAAGGAUGGGGAGAAGUGAUGCUGGUUGCUGAUAAAGUCCUCAGAUGGGAGAAAGCCUGGUUUCCACCUGCCAUCGUGGGUGUGGUUUCACUGGUGUUUCUGAUUAUCUAUUAUCUAGAUCCAUCUGUUCUGUCCGGCGUUUCCUGUUUUGUUAUGUUUUUGUGCUUGGCUGAUUACCUUGUUCCCAUUCUAGCGCCUAGAAUUUUUGGCUCCAAUAAAUGGACCACUGAACAACAGCAAAGAUUCCAUGAAAUUUGCAGCAAUGUAGUAAAGACCAGACGCAGAGCUGUGGGCUGGUGGAAACGCCUCUUUACACUAAAGGAAGAAAAGCCAAAAAUGUACUUCGUGACCAUGAUCAUUUCUCUUGCUGCGGUUGCUUGGGUGGGACAGCAAGUCCAUAACCUGCUUCUUACCUGCCUGAUAGUGAUUUUCUUACUGUUGCUUCCUGGACUGAACCAACAUGGAAUCAUUUCGAAGUACAUUGGAAUGGCCAAAAGGGAGAUAAACAAGCUGCUGAAGCAAAAAGAAAAGAAAAAUGAAUAAUACAUCUGCUUUCUUCAGUGUGGUUAACGGAGUAUGCGUUGCUCCUGAGAAUAGUUUCUGCUGUGCUGUGUGGAUACUGAAAUGCUGCAGAAGUAGCUCUCUGCUUUCCCUCACUCUGCCCUUUGUAGAAUUCACACUUGCCAGUCAGGCUUUGUGCAUCGUGUCUUUGUGUCAAUUGUAGCUGGGUGCAUUCUCAUCAGUUGGCCUUAAGUGGACAGCUCACUAGUGAGUAAGGCUUGUUUUGACUUUUCUCACCCAGUGUUAACUGAAUUCUCACUUUUGACAGCUUCCUUUAAAAUACUACAUUGGCAAACUUUGCUCUUUAGUACAGUUAACAGUGACUGCAUAAUUGUUUGGGUUGAUGUUUUAGUUAGAUACAAGGUAGUGGUUGGUGACUACAGGAAGCUGGUUCUACUAUCUGCUUCCACAGUCUGCUUUAAAAACUGGCUUCAUGAACAUAGAGACCAAGUUUACCACACCUGAUAAAGAGACCAGUUAGGAACUAUUCCUUACACUGUUUCUUUACCAUCUGAGAAGAAUGCCUAUGGAAUACAAUGAAACUGAUUCCACUGAUGCCCUAGUAUGUGUAGGUUUCUCCCUUUUGCAAAACUGAGCAAUUUCUAGGAAGUAUUGAUCCUUUGUCUUACAUAGGGGACUCUGACGGGUAUACAGCGCUUGUUCCCCUGCCCUACUUUGUUAGUGAAUCUUUAAAGGCUUUUUCAUAGCAGAUUUCCAAAAGACUUUAUUUUAGGAUAUUUAGUAUGCUUUUCAUUUCAGGUUUUUACAGCAUACACAGUAGGUUAAGAUGCAAGUCUGUGACCUUUAUUCCAACACCAGCCGGUAAAGGACAAAAGUCUUCCUGUAUUUAGUCAACAUUCAUUACGUAGAAAAUAAAAUCACUAGUUUUUAAGAUCAGAAAGAGCCUUCAAAGGUGAGCCUCCACUCUCAUUUUACUGGCUAUAUUUUGGUUGCUGUAGGUUUUGAAAUGUAGUGACUACACUGGCAUUUGACAUUUUUCCUCAAUAUUUUUCAAGGGCUCUUGGUGAGAGCAGGCUUGUGAUGAUAGUCUGACUUCUGGCCCAUAAAGAUUUUGCAACUCCUUGGAAAACUUCUUAUAAUCAGUCUUUCCCUCCUGGUAGCUAGAAACUUAGAAUAGCUAACUUCUGUAAGAAUGAACCUUUGAGGGCCAAAAAUGUGACACAUUUGGGAACAAUUCUUAAACUGCUUACCUAGCUGUAAUAUAGUUCUGUGAAUUCAUUGCACUGAUGCUGUUAAACCUUGUGGUAUAUCUGUCCCUAAAUAAGUAUUGUUUUUUCCCCUUCCAUAUUGCUGUAAAUGCUAGUACCCAUUAUAGUUUGUUUAAUUUUUUAAAAAAUAUUUUCAUAUGACUACCUUAAUUUUACAUGUGUUUCCUCAUUGUAAAUAAGCCUGUCUUACCUGGAUUUUUUUGUGUGUGAAUGUGUGUUCUACCAGUUAACUACUUUGGCAGUUUUAAUCCUGUAUUAUUUCUCCUUUGUUUGAUGUGAAAGGGGAAAAAUAAAAGCUGGAAUCUC